AUGCCGGGCCAUGUCCUUGGAGCUUCGUUGCGUAUUUGUCCAGCUGCCGCUUUAAGCUUCUAUGACAAGAAGCCGUCGAAUAACCGAGACAUGUCGAGCAAUGCUUCAAACAGGUUAUUCCAUGAUAGGCGAGCAGGUAGCCUCGAGGAAAUCAAGACUAAGAAAAACCGCCGAUGCGGAAACUCCACCAAGUAUGGGGAUGAUGCUGGGGGGCAUGCUGCUGGGGCAAGAGUGACGUGCAGAGACGAGAAGUCACACAAGGCUGAAAAGGGAGAUCCGAGAAUGGACACGAUGGACAGCAAAACAAAGCGUUUCGAGACACGAGAGCGGGCUGGCGUGGACGGCGGACGCGCACGUAUUGGCCGCCGGUUCCCCCAGGCUGGGGUAUGGCAGUUUCAGUGUCUUCAGCAGCAUGACUUUCGCUUUACCCUUACCCUCUGCGACGCCAUGCUGUUCGUCCGGUCCCUUGUCAAGCUGUGGGCGUGGAAGCCAUGA